AUGGCUGUUGCCCUGCUGGCAGCAUUUACGCCGCCUUUGAGAGCGACCUUUGCAAGUGCACCAGCUCUUGUUUGGCCGAGCCGAGCCGGCGGUCCCCCAAAGAUUGUGCUCUUGUUCAUUCCCGGCAAUCCAGGCCUCGCAGAGUAUUAGUGAGCAGAUCAGAUCUUUUCAACAUUGCUCGAGCUCCGAGACGCUUCGCUGAUUGACUGCUUCUUCUCAUAGCACACCAUACCUCAGCGCUCUUUCCUCCGCUCCAGCACUUCAAGGCAAAAUCGAAAUCAUAUGCGUAUCGCACUUGGGUCACGCCGCACCUUCGCCAACACCGACUACGCUUCGAGCUCAAGUAGCACACAAGCUCUUGGCGAUCGAUGCAGCCCGCGCAGCUUACCCAGCACAGCGCAUACAUGGACGAGAAGAGCGACCGAGGUUCGUGCUGGGCGGUCACUCAGUCGGCGCAUACAUCGCCCUUGAAUGCCUGAAGGAGCGAAGGCAUGUCGUGGACUCCGUGCACAUGCUCUUUCCUACGGUCAGCUGGAUUGGCAAGACGCCAAAUGCCAGGAAGCUAGCUGUGAGUGUCAUCUGCUGGCGUUGCAAGCCGAUUGGGCAAGCUGACUGUAUCGCCUCAACGUUUCCCUGCCCCUCUCCAGCCAUUAUUUCAUCCAAUCGUUCCUGCUUUCUUUCUGCCCUUGCCUCUGCUAGUCCUUUCGCUUCUGCCAUUCGCACUACUCCUACCUCUCAUUCGUCUACUCACCAGGCAGAACUUUGAAGCUGCCAAGACGACCACGAACUUUCUCGUCACGCCAGGGGCUGUGCGCUCGGCUGUCAACAUGGCGGGGGAGGAGAUGCGCGAAAUCAGAAAGCUUCGUGACGAGACGAUCAAGGCCGUGCGAGAGAUUGGAAGCGGAGAGGGCAAGGUUCGAGCAUAUUGGGCUCGUGGAGAGGAGGUGAGGUCGCGGUGGUGCGAGCUCUGAUCUCGGGCGAUUGAUGGAUGCUAACCACGAUUGCUUGUUGCACGACGCUCAGGACGGCUGGGCUCCAUCAUGGAUCCGAAAGCAAGUCGAGAGUGCUCUUACUCUAUCACCAUUGACCGCGCCGCCUUCCGACAUGCCCGCUCCCAGUCUGAAGAAGUUCAGGACAUUUUCAAUCAGUGCUCUGAGAUCUCGAAGGCAAGCUCACCACGCAGCCAAAGCCUCUAAACCUCCACCCGUCACACCGCCACGUCUGAACAGCCGAGCGCCGCGUAGAAGGCCCUCUCUGAUUGGGGCGCGAGCUGUGCGAAGUAUUGAUGGCAGCAUCUCCAUCGAAGCGCCGGACGAUUCGAGCGCAACAGAGUAUGCAGGCGCAUCGACAGACGACGAGACGGUGACAUUAUCGCACAACACGCCCAAAACAGCUGCUCGUGCGCUGGACAGCGGUUCAGCAGUGAUCGAGUCGCCAGAAGUCGAGUUGGAUCUCAACACUGCUCUUGCUGGGUCAGCCAAGAAUGUGGCAAGCCAUCCUCUGCCAGCUUUCACGAGCGCAGUGUGCAACAUCGGCAUGCCUCACGCUUUUUGCCUCGAUCAUAGCGAGCACAUGGCUCGCAUUACCGCCGCAUGGCUAGCUCAGGACCACCUCUAG